UAAAUUCUAAUCUUUACCAAAAGAAAAAAAAAAAAAGUCUACUUUCUUUUGGGGCUAUAAAAGCUAAACAAAAAAUUGAGAUCGAGAAGUAAAAGGUAUAUUAGAUUCAUUAUCAAAUAUUAGAAAGAAAGAAAGAAAAAAAUGGAAGCAAAAAUGGCUACAAAAAUUGCUUCUUUUGUGCUUAGAGUUCUUACUUUUGUUUUUCUUUUAGUUUCCAUCAUAGUUCUGGGUACCAAUUCCAAAACUAUAGGAAAUGAUGAAGUUCAUUUCCAUAAUGUCAAUUCCUAUAGGUAUGCAAUGGCAACCAUCAUAAUCGGAGGCGCAUUCAAUCUCUUGCAAAUUGCCUUAGCCCUUUAUCGUCUUGUAACCAAGACCGAUGGCAGUAUUUUAUUCGACUUCUAUGGUGAUAAGGUAUUGUCGUACUUUUUGUUGGCGGGAGCAGCGGCGGCAUUGGGUUCUAGCGUAGAUUUGAAGGCGAAUAUGGACAUGUUGAACUCGUUUUUUGACCAAGGCAAUGCUGCUGCAGCGCUUCUUCUUCUUGCUUUUUUAUGUAGUGCUAUCAUUUCUGUACUUUCUUCUUUAGCUCUUUCUAACAAACCCAAUUAGUUUCUUUUCUUAGGAAAUUUAUACAACAAUCCUUUCUCUCUUUUUAUGAAAUUAUUUGGUUGCGUCAUUGUAAUGUAGAAUAAUUAGGAGUUUGGAGUUUUGUAUCAGUUUUUAUGCUCUUGGUUAGCAGUAGACUCUUUUUUUUGUCUGGUUAAUUGAUGUUUGAACAUUAUAUACAUAAUAAUUUUAUUGUGAA